CGCGGUUCCCGGCAGCUUGUCAGACAGCCUGAUCUGUCAUUCGCCCUCUAAGGACGGUGUUAGCUGGUAGCUAGCAGAGCGAAGAAAUCCUCGCCAAGGAGAACCGCCGUGUGUGUACAGUGUGAGAUGCCAGGUGCUGGUCCAUGGGUGUGAGCCGACUGGAUGUAUUUUACAGAAGGCUGCUCCUCACCAAACUCUUCAUUGGGGGAUGGGGGAAGCCUGAAGACCUCAAGAGAAUAUUUGAGUUCCGUAAGAUCAUUGGAGACAGAGAGAGGUGCAGGUAUCUGGUGCCAAAGGACUACCCAGUUUACAUCAACAAGACAGAGGAGCACUCUGACUGUCAGAUCCACGAAGGCUUCUUCAUCUCUCCCCUGGAGCACUUGGUUCCUGGAAUCCUGCCCCCGGAGGCUGUCAAAGCCAGUUUCCAGUUUAUAGUUCCUAAGAGGUGGCAGAAGAACAGACCAGUAUGUAUCCACCUGGCAGGGACUGGAGACCAUUUUUUCUGGCGUCGGCGGACCCUUAUGGCCAGGCCCAUGGUCAAAGAGGCAGGAAUGGCCUCACUGCUGCUGGAGAACCCUUAUUAUGGCUAUCGUAAACCAAAAGACCAACUGCGGUCCUGUCUAAAGAAUGUGUCUGACCUGUUUGUGAUGGGAGGAGCUCUGAUCCUGGAGUCCACGGUGCUUCUCCGUUGGCUGGAGAGAGAAGGUUACUGGCCGCUGGGAAUGACGGGCAUCUCCAUGGGAGGAUAUAUGGCGUCCCUGGCAGUGACUAACUGGCCAAAGCCCAUCCCUCUGAUUCCCUGUUUAUCCUGGUCCACGGCCUCCAGUGUCUUCACCACGGGUGUGCUGAGUAAAGCAGUGAACUGGGCAGAGCUGGAGAAACAGUAUGCAAUCAACUCCGUGUAUGAAGAGGAGAUCAUUAAGCUGUUGGAGUACUGUGGGGCUGAUUCCUUUAAGAUGGGUCCAGAAUUUACGAAGAAUGUGGACUCUUUAGAGCAUCUGCUGGGCCUGUCUGGAGGUGCCAGAGCAUCAAUGGGUCAGAGCUCCAAAGCUGGAGGGGAAGCUGAGGCUGGACGAGGCCUGUUGAUAGGUGGAGGACCUGCAGGGGGCGGGGCUAGAGUAGACCAAUUGCUAUCAUCAGUGAACAGCAGUGGGAUGAGCAUGGACACGCAACCAAGAAACCUUGGUGCAGACGGCACGCUGCAUGAGAAGAAGACGGAUUCAGUCAGAUGCUUCCGGCCAUCACUACACAGAGAGUCUAUCAGCUUCAUGAAGGGAGUGAUGGACGAGUGCACACACAUGGCCAAUUUCUCAGUCCCUGUAGACACCAGUCUCAUUAUCGUGGUCCAGGCCAAAGAGGACGCCUAUAUCCCUCGCACAGGGGUCCUCAGUCUGCAGGAGAUCUGGCCGGGAUGUGAAGUCAGAUAUCUGAAUGGAGGACACGUCAGUGCGUACCUGUUCAAACAGAACGUCUUCAGACAGGCCAUAUAUGACACAUUUGACCGAUUCUGCCUGAAGUAUCCCAACCUGCACUAGCCUCUGCAGGCUGAAGCCUUUCCCUCCCUGUGACCGCACCAGGAUCAGUGACUGGACAGUGGACACAGCAGUGCCUGUUCGUAGAUCACAAGCUUUUUAAUGUUAACAUUUUCUAAUAGUAGAAAGAGACUACCACGUGCCCUGGUACACUAACCCAAAACAAUAAAAGUGACUAAAAGUGUAAAGCAUCAGAAAUACUGUUGGAUGUUCCCACCAGUAUGUGGUUGUCAAAGUAACACUCAGGCCUCUAAUUUCACUUCAAACUGGUGAACCCUGUCUUCACUGGUCCACAGCAGCAUGGACUUGUCCAUGCUGCUGUGGACCAGUAUUGUGUACUGUGUCCUCAGUAUUUCACCUGUAGACACUGUGAACAGGACAUAGAGACACACCCGGUGAUAUUCUACCGAUAUCAUUUGAGCAAAAUAUAUACUCACUGUGGUGUCACUACGCACAUUACAGCUACAUCAAGAAGGUACAAGGUGUUCCUACAAUAUCAGGGUGCACCUUUUUUUGCCAUGUUUUUUUUUUUUUUUUACUUGCCCCAUUAAUAAAUAAAAUUGACUUUGGUCAAUUUUUUCAUGCCCCUAUAUAAAUGAUGUAUAAAUUGACUGUUAUUUAAUAACAACAAAACCUCAAGUUAACUGACACGUUUAAGCUUUAUUAAAGUAAACUCCUGUAUUCAGGAUCAUUGAAAUGCUUUCUUGUGCUUCAGUUUCAUGAAUUUUAUCCUGCACCAUUUUCUCAUCAUGUCCUGGCUGGUUCUGUACACAUGCAACUUCCAACAGAGAUGAGGAAGAAAAAUGGCUCACUCCCCAGCUACUUCAAUAAGUAGCUUGGCAAAAAACAGCAACAACAAUUGGUUAAAUUCUUUUUUACCACGUGCAGAGUGGUUGGCAGAGGGAGUUGCUAGAUUUACCAGCCUGACAUGGUGUUUGACUUGCUGCAGCCAACUAGGAAAUCCUUUUUGUUGAGCCCUGAAUUCUAAUGACACAGGAUAUCAUAAGAUAUAUUGUAAUAUGUCAGGAAUUAGGGAUGCACCAUAUUGGAUUUUUCUGGUAUCGGAUAUGCUGAUAUAUAACAACUCAUUUGGCUAAUUGAUAAUGAUAUUGAUAUAUCCACUUUUUCCCCACCUAAUUAUAGUGAUGAUCCAGUCUCUUCUGUCAUGGAAUUAACAUUAUAUUCUGCAUACUCUUAUUGUGAUGAACCACCAGCAGAUGGAGACAUGAAAAACAAUGUUUUCCACUGAAUGUGAUAUUCAUUCAUUGUUCAAAAAAAGAAAAAUGCUUCAGCUUGGAGUUGAUGUUUUCUACAUGUUCACUUUGUCAUUAAAAACAAAAAAUAUUGGUUUGUGAUAUCAGCUGAAAUCUGCAUGUUGGCUGAUUCCGAUUUUCAUUUUAAAACCAAUAUCUGCCGAUAACGAUGACGUGCCAAUAUUAUCGUGCAUCCCUAUUAGGAAUUACAUCAAAGAAUAGAAAAUAUGCUCACUGUAAAGCUGCUUUUAUACAAGAGAAAUUAUUCAGAAAUAAUUAUAUUAAAUUUUGUGAUAAUGCAUAUAAAAAUUAAUUUGGUUAUAUUUAUAAUCCUUUCUAUUUUUAAAUAAACAACAAUUUUAUAAAUAAACAAUAAUAUAAAUAAACAACCUGCCUACACUAAAGGGAAUCAUAGAAACCAGUGCAGCGUGUCAGUUGAUCUGAUCAGGGUUUGUACGGCCAUGAAAAACCUGGAAAGUCAUGGAAUUUGCAAAUUGAAAUUUCCAGGCCCAGAAAAGUUUUAGAAAUUUACCCUGAAUGUUUGGAGAAGUCAUGGAAUUUUGUUCCACAAAGCUGUAUCAAGGAAUGCUGGAACUUUAAAAAUCCAAUAAUAAUUUCUGUUUUUUUACAGUGUCUGGCUAUGAUAAAUGAUUGGAAGGCACAUUCUCUUUAAAAAUCCCAACCAAAAAAAACCCACAAAAAGAAAAAAAAAGGAGGCUAAAACCUGCAGGCCCACAGGUUUAAAAGACAUGUUUUCUGUAAAUAUCAAACUCCCCCUUUUUGCACCAGCCCCUCCCCUCUCACAAAUAAUGUCCAGUUUCUAAAUUGUAUUUAAUGUAAAGUUUUAAUCCCAUUUUGAAUUCAUAAUUUUUAAAUAAUAUAUAAAGCUUUUAUAUACUAAUGAAAAAGAACCGAUAAAGAGUAUCAAAGUCAUUUCAGCGAAUGUAUGGUCUUUAAAGUCCUGCCGAUUUAUUUGUAAUUGUGUAUUAACCCUGUCUGAUUAAUAUCAGCCUCACUGUUAAUUCUUCACCCUCUAACAGCAGCACCAGGGCUGUCACUGUCAAAGCUAACCCAGCAUGUCACUACUUUACCUUCAGGGUGUGACAGGCUGCACACCUCCACCUCCUCAACACUGUCAUAAGCUGCACUGCCCCUGCUGGCUGUAGAAACCUUGUGCUCUGUGCAGCAUGAAGUCACAACCUGGUCGCUCAUGUUGUUUGUGAAACAGCCAGUUAUCAGUGUGUUUGUUUGGCUGCACUGUAGAAACAUGUUCCUGUCAAUCUCCUGCUGUAUUUCUGACAACGAAGCCAGUUUGCUUGCCUGUAUCAGACCACUCUUACUGUUACCAUUGUAACCGCAGGUGUCUCCAAAUCGACCACAACUGGAAUUUUAGGGUUUGCAACUUUAUGGUUCAGAAAGCCACCUUUGGGACAUGAAUUUCCUGCUUGUCUUUAUUUUUGGAGCAGUGUUGAUUUUUGGGCAGUUGGGAACAGUAGAGUCUGUAAAUGUAAUAUACAUAUUUUCACCUCAUAAAGUUGUUGUGCCAAACCUCA